GGGGCGGCGAGGGCGGGUGCCUCCGUUGGAACUACCCCUUGACAACAGCCCGCAACCAUUCUCACCCCUAAACGAUCUCACGCCGCGUAAUUCCCGUUUUCUCUCGACAAUCGAACGUACGUCUAUUUCUUCAGUGGCUGAAACAAGGAUCGACACGCGACUCGUUCAUCCAGUUUCAGUAUGGAGUGCCCCGAAGCGAUGAAACCAGGCCGGAACUUUCGUCCGCUCGUCGAGGAGGAGUUGUCCCAACUCUUGGACUUCCUUGCUGGCUAUUUGCCUGAAUCCUUGAAGUUCCAUCAAACUUUGUUGACCUACAUGCGGGACAGAGUAUGGGACUUUCAUUUCUACGUGGCUAACGGCUGGCCCGACGAUGCGAUCUGUUUACAUUUCCCCGGCAUGACAUUAUCUCCUCACGGUUUGCUGUUCGAAAGCGUGGGUGUCUUUUGUCCGAACGACCGGCUGGAAUUGCUGAAACUGAUGAGGGAAGAAGACGUUUUGAUCGACUGGUCGAAACCACUCUACAUUAAUUUCGUUCAUUACGACAUCGCCGAGGAGUUGACGCGUCUUUACGAGGACAUAGGAACCAUCGAGAGGGUAGUGGGAGACGUGUUCGUCUGCGAGAAUCCGGAGAACGUCGAUUACGCUGUGGAUACCGAGGAAGAUGCCGAAGCUGACAUUCAAGUGCAGCCAUUGCAGGCUGAACACGCCGAAGGCAUCUAUGAAUUGUAUCCUGCGAACGAUAUGGAGUGUCACGAGAUCUUUUUGCGGUUAAUCAGGACACUGCCAGCGGCUGGAGUGUUCGCCAGAGGUAGCUUGGCCGCCUGGAUGGUUCAGUCUUACUAUGGAGCGAUGUUCUCCAUGCAAACGAAGCCUGAAUACCGGAGGAAGGGUUACGGAACGAAAUUAGCAAGGUACCUGACGAGGCGGGUCGCUGAGAAGGGUUACCAACCUUUCGUGGUGAUACGUCCAGAGAAUAGCGCGAGCCAGAGCCUGUACAAGAAGCUGGGCUUCAGGAAGCUUUAUCAAACUGUUCGUAUGACGUUCAUGCCGACGUUGUGGCAGGAUGAGGAGAACGAGACCAAUCGUGUGUUAAGGGAGAAUUUGGAGAACACUGUCAGGCAGUUAACCAUUGAACAGAAGGUGGUGGACGCUUUCAGAAACGAAGAAGAGAUCUCUAUUCACGAAGGGGAUGCUUUGAACGAUACGGAGAAUCCUGAUUUGGUGAUCGAGGAACCUGACGAGAGGAUCGAAGAAGGUGAGAAAGAGGAGAUAGCUGACGGAGAAAGAAUAGAAGUGACUGAAAUUGUUGAAGAAGAGAAUACCGCGGUUGUAGAGGGAACAGCCGAUCACGAAAAAACGGUGAACGACGAUGGUAGUAGUCAGGAUGACGGGGGGCGGACAGAAGCCGGGGACGCGGAAUAAUUAAGUACACGUGCGAUUAUUCGACAAAAGAUCCAUGAUUCACGUCGCGUUGCUCGCUCGAGGGUGCCCUCUUCUUUUCAAGAUUGACGGGAAAAUGCUCCUGUCGAUAAUCAUCCAUUUAUUUCUAUAGAAACGUC